UGGAUCCCAAAGGAGCAAGAGGUACCAGGAAGCACCGCUGAUCUGCACAGACCCCCUGUGCCUGCUGCUGCCCCACAGUGAACAGCCAGGGACCACAUCCCACUGCCUGCCCAGUGUCCAUCCAUGGAGGUGAUCCCUGUGUCCCCGUCUCCUGCCUCAUCCACUGAAGGGGACAAUCUCUGUGAGACAGAUGUCACCAACGUGGCCAUACACAGUGUGACACUGCUCAUCUGCCUCUGUGGGCUGGCUGGGAACGGGACUGUCCUCUGCCUCUACAGCCUGCAAAGCCGUACCUAUGCCAUCUUUCACCUGGCUGUUGCCGACUUCCUCUUCCUUCUCUUCACGGUCCCCUCUGCCCUCCUCCUCCUGGUGGAGGACCUGUCCUGCUCUCCUAUAUUGCCCUUGAUGUACCUGAGCUUCAUUUUUCAGCUGUCAAUGGUCUCCUACUACUGGGGGUUGUUCAGGCUGAUGGCCAGCAGCUUUGACAGGGAUAUGAACAAGCUCUGGACACUCUGCUGCCGUGGCAACUUUCCCGAGCGCCUGUUGUUGGUGGUGGACAUGGUCCAAUCCUGGGUCUUCUUUGUUCUUUUCACUGUCAUUCCCAUGCUGACAUUCCUAUGCCCAUCCCAUGAGCAGGGGCAGUGCCGGGCAGCUCUCAUCUCUGUGUAUGCCAUCAUCCUGCUCCUUUUUGUUGCCCCCGUGGUCAUUACCCGCACAAACGACAUCACCAAGGCCAAAAGGGGCUCCAGGAAGCAGCAAUUCAAGUGGCGACACAUCAUUGUCUUCAUCAUUGUGCUCCUCACUCUCCUCCUCAUCUUCUGCAAUAUCCUGCAGCAACUCGGAUAUCUCCAUGUGUCCUUUGAGGUUUUUUUCCUGCUCACCUGCAUCCACAGCAGCAUCAAACCCUUCAUCUACUUCUUGGCAGGGAGGUGCUGGAGUCCCUGCUCCAUGGACUCCCUCCGGCUCUCCCUCCACAGGGUUUUUGUGGAGAAGGAAGAAAACACUGCCAGCAGAGAUGAUGACAAUACAGACACAGUGAUCUGAGCCUUUUGAUCCCUUCCACUGCUCUGCUGAAGGACCUCGGCACAGCUUUCCUUGAGUCACCUGAUGAAUAAAUAUCCACAGCAUCACCCUCCCUGUGCUGGUGCACUCCUGCAGGAGAAGGGAGCAGGGGCAUUGCCAGGGGCAAUGUGGGAGGGAUGCUUUGCCAUGGAGCACAUUGGAGCAUGGCUUUCCUCCUCCCUGCCCUGCCCACAUGGCUCCAGGCAGUGCAGCUGGGCUCAGUGCUGUUCCCCAGCUCUAUUCCCAUGGAAUGACCCUCAUUGCCUGCGCCCCAGGGAACGAACUCCAUCUCAUUUGGCUGCCCAGAUGAGUUUCUUGGUGUUUUGAGGAUCUCUUGCCUGCACACAUUAAGCCUGGGGACACACCCAGCACACGGUGCUGAUUUUCCCAAUCCCUUUGGGGCUGGUGACUCUGGAUGGCAGGAGCAGUGUUGGGAUCACCUCGAGCCUCCUUUCCCUUCUGUCCAGCAGAGCCAGCCCUGCAUUCCCAGCUGAUGGGAAGAGACACCCGGUAGGGCUGCAGAGCUGGGCAGGGACAGCAAUAUUCCCGUGUACUUUCAGUGGGAAUUUGUCACAUUCUAUAAUUCCAGAAUUAAAUUGUUCUUUUUAAAUAGCAGAGUCAAAGCACCCUUGUCCUGAGACCAAAAAGCACUUUCAAUAUGGAAAUUCACAUCACCAGACUUGGACCAUUUAAUUGCACGGAAAUUGGGGGUUUAUGCUGUUGUUCUGCAGAAUGGGGCCAUCCUCUCGUGUCCAUGGAAGCCUUUGACCACCUCCAUUCUGAACCUGGCCACCCUCAGGAGGAGUUGCUGCUACCCCUACAGCAGCAUUUGGUUUAUAUCUUUUUUGUUUGUUUGUUUC